AUGGGCCUACGCACCAUGUUCAAGAAGAUGGAGCAGAACUUUGAGGAGUUUCUCGCCGGCGAGAAGCAUUCUCACACCCAUCUCGGCCACGGCUGCCACGAGGACGAGUCCCACGCCGAGUACAGCAGCAACCGCUACUGCUCCUUCGCUCCCCAGUCGAGCGGCCAUGCCAAGUGGUAUGUCGACGGUGCUUCGUACUUUUGGGCCGUGUCCAUGGCCCUCGAAGAGGCACAGGAGAGUAUCUAUAUCCUGGACUGGUGGCUAAGCCCGGAGCUGUACUUACGGCGGCCUCCUGCCCGCAAUGCGCGGUACCGGCUUGACAACCUGCUCAAGGAAGCCGCCGAGCGUGGCGUCAAAGUGAAUGUCAUCGUCUACAAAGAGGUCGAGAAGGCCUUGACCUUGAACUCGAUCCACACCAAACAUGCACUCGAGGCCCUGCACCCCAACAUCAAGGUGUUUCGGCAUCCCGACCACGCGCCCAACGGCAACGAUCUCGUCUCGAGUUUCAAGGACAUAUCCCUGAAGCCGAUCGACCUGGCCAAGGCUUCCAAGGAUGCUCUCUGCGCCCUGUACGGAUCGUCCGACGACAUGGUUCUCUUCUGGGCCCACCACGAAAAGCUGUGCCUUGUUGACCGAAAGGUGGCCUUCAUGGGCGGCUUGGACAUGUGCUUCGGAAGAUACGAUACCAACAGUCACCCUAUUGCGGAUGCGCAUCCCGGUAACCUUGACGACAUCAUCUUCCCCGGCCAAGACUACAACAACGCCAGAGUUUACGACUUUGAAGACGUUGAAAGAUGGGAAAACAACAAGCUCGAUCGUACCAAGAGCUCGAGGAUGGGGUGGUCCGACAUCAGCAUCAGCCUCUCGGGCCCCAUCGUCGAUAGCCUGUUGAUUCACUUUGCCGACCGAUGGAACUACAUCUUCAAGCAGAAAUACACGAACCGAGAUAUUGGCAAGUACGGGCUGAUCGAGUCUCCGUCUGGCCACACGGGCGCGCCCAACAGCCUCCUUGGCGGCGGCGACGAGUUCUUCGGAGGCCUGCACCACCAUUUUAGCCGCCGCAUGCACAACAUCUUUGGUGGCGAAGAGGGCGAGGAAGGCUUCGUGGAACAACCGCGGGAGAAUGAUGGCGCCCAUAUCCAGCUGACGCGGAGGCAAUGGUCCUCGGGCCUCAGCACCGAGCACUCGAUUGCCAACGCCUAUAUUUCUGCCAUCACAAAUGCCAGGCACUACGUCUACAUUGAGAACCAGUUCUUUAUCACGGCCACUUCGGACGAGCAGAAACCCGUUGCCAAUAAGAUCGGCCGCGCAAUUGUCGACCGGAUUGUCCUGGCUCACCAAAACAACGAGGACUUCCACGUCUUCAUCCUGAUGCCCGCCGUCCCUGCGUUCGCCGGCGACCUCAAGGACGACGGGGCCCUCGGAACCCGUGCCAUCAUGGAGUUCCAAUACAACAGCAUCAACCGCGGCGGCCACAGCAUCAUCGAAACACUGCAGCAGGAGGGAGUAGACGACCCGCACCGGUACAUCAACUUCUAUAACCUGCGCAACUACGACCGCAUCAACACCAGCGCGGCCAUGGGCGAGGUGGAGCGGCAGUCGGGGGUUCCGUACGAGGACGCCCGCCGCGACUACGACAACGAGUACGAGCACGGGGACGGGUACCGGCCCAACGACGCCCCCUGGUCGGAAGAAGGCGAAGACGGCCAGUACCGGCGGUACCAGGAGGCGGCCAGCCAGGUCACCGACCAGACGUGGGACACGAUCGCGGCGUGCUACAUGGACGCGGGGCCGGACCUGCACGGCCUCCCCUGGAACGGCACGCCCGAGUCGGAGCUCGACGCGUUCGUGUCCGAGGAGCUGUACAUCCACACCAAGGUGCUGAUCGCCGACGACCAGCUCGUCAUCUGCGGCUCGGCCAACCUCAACGACCGCUCGCAGCUGGGCAACCACGACAGCGAGAUCGCCGUCGUCAUCGAGGACCCAACCCCCAUCGCCAGCGCCAUGGGCGGCCAGCCGUACACGGCGUCCGCCUUCGCCACGUCGCUGCGCCGCCAGCUGUUCCGCAAGCACCUCGGCCUGCUCCCGGACCAGAAGCCCGACGCGCCCAACGGGAACUGGACGCCGGUCACGCACGAGCAAAACACCUACGACUGGGACUCACCCGCCGACUCACUCGUCCGCGACCCCAUCGCCGCCGAGUUCCUCGACCUGUGGCGCGGCACGGCGCGGCGCAACACGGACAUAUUCAGCCGCGUGUUCCACCCGGUGCCUAACGACGCGGUGCGCACGUGGGACGACUACGACGCCUUCUUCUCGCGGCACUUUGUGCUCCCCGGCGAGGACGCCGGCAAGGCCCAGGAGGCCUACGCACAAGGCAAGGUCGACUACGGCCACGUCGUCCGCGAAGAGUUCCCCGGCGGCGUCGCAGAGCUCAAGGACUGCCUCGCCGGCGUCCGCGGCAACCUGGUUGAUAUGCCGCUGAGCUUUCUCAUUGAUGUGCCUGACAUUGCCGAGGAAGGGCUCGAGCUCAACCACCUCACUGCGGAGCUGUACACUUGA